AUGGUUCUAUCCAAGGCAUCCUCCCAAUCCGACGACUCGAUCCACUCAACGUUCGCCUCUCGAUAUGUUCGGGAUUCUCUUCCAAGGUUCAAGGUUCCCGAGAAUUCGAUUCCUAAGGAAGCCGCGUACCAAAUCAUCAACGAUGAACUUAUGUUGGACGGAAACCCUAGGCUAAAUCUGGCCUCAUUUGUUACAACAUGGAUGGAACCGGAGUGUGACAAGCUUAUCAUGGCUUCCAUUAACAAGAACUAUGUCGACAUGGAUGAGUACCCUGUCACCACUGAGCUUCAGAAUCGUUGCGUUAACAUGAUCGCACAUCUUUUCAACGCUCCACUGGGAGACGGGGAGGCAGCAGUUGGAGUUGGAACAGUAGGAUCAUCAGAAGCCAUUAUGCUUGCAGGCUUGGCAUUCAAGAGAAAAUGGCAAAACAAAAUGAAAGCCCUCGGUAAACCCUGUGACAAGCCUAACAUCGUCACUGGUGCCAAUGUUCAGGUUUGUUGGGAAAAAUUUGCUAGGUACUUUGAAGUGGAGCUGAAGGAGGUUAAGCUGAGAGAUGGCUACUAUGUAAUGGACCCUGAGAAAGCUGUGGAAAUGGUGGAUGAGAACACAAUUUGUGUUGCUGCAAUCUUGGGAUCUACUCUUAAUGGAGAAUUUGAAGAUGUUAAGACCUUGAACGACCUUUUGGUGAAAAAGAAUCAGGAAACUGGGUGGGACACUCCAAUUCAUGUGGAUGCAGCAAGUGGUGGGUUCAUUGCACCAUUUCUAUACCCGGAACUUGAAUGGGAUUUCAGGUUGCCAUUGGUGAAGAGUAUUAAUGUGAGUGGGCACAAGUAUGGACUUGUGUAUGCAGGGAUUGGAUGGGUAAUUUGGAGGAACAAGGAGGACUUGCCUGAAGAACUCAUCUUCCACAUUAACUACCUUGGUGCUGAUCAACCCACUUUCACGCUCAACUUUUCUAAAGGUUCUAGUCAAGUAAUUGCUCAAUACUAUCAACUCAUUCGCUUGGGUUACGAGGGGUACAAGAACAUCAUGGAAAAUUGUCAAGGAAAUGCAAUGGUACUGAAGGCGGGGCUGGAGAAAACAGGACGCUUUAACAUUGUAUCAAAGGACAAUGGAGUCCCAUUGGUGGCAUUUUCUCUCAAGGACAAUAGCCAUCACACCGAGUUCGAGGUGUCUGACAUGCUACGACGCUUUGGGUGGAUCGUCCCGGCCUAUACCAUGCCACCAGACGCACAACAUGUAACAGUUCUAAGGGUUGUCAUACGCGAAGAUUUUUCAAGAACUUUAGCCGAGCGCCUUGUCAUGGACAUUCAAAAAGUUCUACACGAUCUUGAUACGCUUCCAGCUAGAGUUACCGAGAAAAUGGCUAAAUUGGAAGAGCAUGCUCGGAAUGGUGUCGUGGUGAAGAAAAGUGCCAUUGAGGUACAAAGGGAGAUCACUACAGCUUGGAUGAAAUUUGUUGCUGACAAGAAGAAGACUAAUGGAGUGUGCUAA